AUGCCCAGGAAGAAGCGCGUCUGGUUCUCCGAUGCACCGGGCCUCGACCGACAGAGGAAGCUCCACACCUUCUACUUAACUGAUCUCGAGACUGCUCAAAACAACAAGAAAAACGGGCGUGUGGUGGGAGAGAUUGCCUUCCAGUUGGAUAGGCGCAUACUGGCUCACGUGUUUCCUGGCAUCACACGCCUCUACGGAUUUACAGUGUCCAACAUUCCUGAGAAGAUCAAGCAGGUCUCUAUGAAGUCCCUAGAUGGUUCUGUGGAUGAGAAAAAGUACCAAGCCAUGACCCAGCGCUAUUCAGACCUGAUCGCUCACAUGGAAAAGAUGGGCUACCACAUUGAUAUCCACCCAGUCUUUAGUGAGUUUCUCAUCAACACCUACGGCAUCCUGAAGCAAAGGCCAGAUUUGAAUUCUGACCCUGUACACAACAGCCCUGUCGAACUCCGGAAGAUGGUGAUUGACACUGUGCCGCCCAGGUUCCUUGGCGAUACCUUGCUGCUUUUGAGCUGUCUGUGCGAACUUUCCAAAGAAGACAACAAGAACCUCUUCGCCUGGUAA